AUGUUCUAUCUACAAAAUUUUCUAUUCAUCUUUUCACUGCGUUUUGGCUGUCGUCUCAUUGCUUAUACCGAGAUUUGUGCCUAUGGCUAUGGCGUCUAUUAUAUGUUUCGUGAAUUUGGUUUUAUUGAGCUCAUGGAAUCGAUGAUUAUCAUCUCCUUGGGCACCUCCUGCAUUCUGGCCAUAUUGAUGCUAGUCUCUACGCUGCAGGAACAUGAAUCAACUGGCAUUAUUUUCACGUAUCUCAUGUGGGGCAUAUUCACGACCAUUUUCCUGGCCAUCUUUUACAUUCUGAGCUAUACGAAUGGCAAAAUGAAAUCGGUACCGCUGUUUGUGGCACUCUUGGUGGGCACAACAAUUAUCAAGUGUUAUGCUUUGUUGGUUGUAUUGUCGUUUAUGCACAUGCUCGUUUCCUCUGACAGUGAUGAUUCCUCCUAAGAUAAGAUAAGAUAUAUUUUGUAAAACAUACAUUUCUUUAUUCC